CUGUGCACAUGCGCAGUGAUAGCAAGGACUCCAACUCGAGCACCGAGUGAAUCGCUCCGGAUCCUUCAUCACGAUGGCGGAUAAACAGAAGAGUGUGAAAAUCGCAGCUGGAGCUGUGGUUUGUGUUGAAAGUGAAAUUCGAGGAGACGUCACCAUAGGUCCGAGGACAGUCGUCCACCCUAAAGCUCGCAUCAUUGCAGAGGCAGGACCCAUCGUGAUCGGAGAGGGCAACCUGAUCGAGGAGCAGGCUCUGAUCAUCAACGGAUAUCCAGAGAACAUCACGCCGGACUCUGAGGUGGAACCGAAGACGAUGACGGUCGGCAUGAAUAACGUGUUUGAAGUUGGCUGUGUGUCACAAGCUCUGAAAAUCGGGGACAACAAUGUGAUUGAGUCUAAAGCUGACGUCGGCAGGAACGUGAUCCUCACCAGCGGCUGCAUCAUCGGAGCCUUCUGCCAGGUCAACACCUGUGAAGUCAUACCUGAGAACACGGUCAUCUACGGCUCCGGCUGCAUGAGGCGGGUUCAGACGGAGAGACCGCAGCCUCAGACUCUUCAGCUCGACUUCCUGAUGAAGAUUCUGCCAAACUACCACCACCUGAAGAAAACGGUUAAAGCCGGUCACACUGCCAGUUAAAACUGAAUCAAUCUUUUUUAGGUUCAACUGUAAAUGGCGAGACUCUUUAUUUAAAUGGAUCUUUGCCUGGAAGGAAGCAUGAAUGUAUAUAAUUAUAUGAUAUGUACGUAGCUUGAUCAGUUUCUCAGAUUUUCUACUCUUAACCACAACAGCUGAUAAAGCGUUUCAUCUUUCUCUCGCUGUGCUGCCGUGCUGUUUUCUAUGAUUAAUUAAAUAAGCUUAAAAA